GUAAAGUCGGAGUUAAAGAGCUAAAAACAGAGAUGCUACCCCAGUGACCUUGAGGACGUCUCGAAAACCCCGAAGAGGAAGAGGAGGAGGAGCAGACGGUGACCAGUAAGCCAUUAGCAGGCGAGGAUGGCGGCACAGACCCUAUUGCACCUCAGACCCGCCCUCAGGCCCGCCAGAUCCUUCCUCCCGGCCCUCAGAAGUAUGUCCAUCAAGGUUGGCGAUGAGCUGCCCAAUGUCGAUCUCUAUGAGGAGACGCCUGCCCACACCGUGAACACCAGAGACCUUUGUGCUGGCCGGAAGGUACUCAUGUUUGCUGUGCCCGGAGCCUUCACUCCAGGCUGCUCCAAGACCCACCUGCCUGGGUACAUCAAUAAUGCAGACAGCAUCAAGGCCAAGGGCAUCCAGGAGAUAGCCUGUGUGGCUGUCAACGACCCCUUCGUCAUGGCCGCCUGGGGGGAGACUAAGAAGGUUGGAGACAAGAUUCGCAUGCUGGCCGACACAAGUGGGGAGUUCACUAAGGCUGUGGGUUUGGACCAAGACUUGGCUGUCCUGGGGGGCUUGAGGUCGAAGAGGUACUCCAUGCUGGUUGACGAUGGGCGAGUGGUGCAGCUCAACGUGGAGCCUGACGGGAAGGGCUUGUCAUGCUCCCUGGCCGAGAACACCUUGUCCAAACUGUAGGUCGUGCCUCAUGGCCUGCUAUGUGUUCGUGUGCUCUGAAGAUCCAGAUAUGUCACUGCGUUUGAUCUUGCAACACUGAGUUGUGUAAUACAUACCUGAGAAUGUUGAUUUUAAUAGGCUGAGAAGCCCUAGCCAAACUAGGAGGUCUUGCCACUCAGUCAGGCUUAUUCCUAAGAUCCAGUUUCCUCCCUGGCGUGAAGCAGGAUUGUGCUUUCAGUGGAAAGUGUAUGAUAAAGAUUUCUAUUCUUUCUCAUGAAGUCAUAAUAAUUUUGAGAAUACUUUAGCCAACAUUUUGGUAAUUGUUCUGGAUGUCUAAAUUCUUAUACUGUUUCUUAUGAAGUCUUACUUCAAUUUUAAUAGUAAAUCUUUCAGACUGGCCUAAAAAUAUUUUGUCUAAGCUGUGGCCAUGAUGCUUAGCCAGGGAAGACUUUCAAGAACCAGAUAACUUGUUCCCUCUCUAAAAGAAUAAGGUUCUUUUGUUGAACUUGUUUUAGGGAUUGGAACUGUAUGAUAUCAACUUUCAGCCUCCUGAGUAGUAGUUUGUAUAAACAUAGACAUUAAUUGUAAUAUUUUCCCCAUAGUGCUGUAUGCCAUACCUGUUCAAAUUUAGUUGCUAGUGUUUAUAUAUAUAUAUAUAUAUAUAUAUAUAUAUAUAUAUAUAUAUAUAUAUAUAUAUAUAUAUAUAUAUAUAUAUAUAUAUAUAUAUAUAUAUAUAUAUAUAUAUAUAUAUAUAUAAAAGACAUACAUUUUUAUACAUUCAACAUAUGACAUAACAAUGAUUUAUUUUCAGAAUAGUAACAGGAGUUAAUUUCAUGAACUCCACAGGUCAAUACUGCAUAAUUAUUUCAGGGUCUUACUGUCCAAGCAGUAAAUGAUGCCAUGCAUAUUCAGCCAUUGUGAAAAAGACAUGUGUGGCAUUUGUUGGUCUUACUUGUUGUCAAAGCAAGGGUGCCUUAAAAUAAUAGUCAGGACUAGCAAAGUUCUCUUCUUUCAAGAAAACUGAGGUGAGUGGAUUUAUGAGGAAGGUGAGGAAAGAGGUGUGCAGUGAUGUGCCAAAACUGAGAGGUUCCUUUGCCAGUGCUCGGUGGAGAUGGUGAUGCUAAUGUUGAAAGUGGCAUUGAAAUUAUUGUGUCAUAUUUGGUUGUGACAUUCAAUUAAUUACAUGAUUGUACUAUUUCAUGAUUUUUGUCAAAC